CCAGCCACUCAAGGAAAAACCAGCUCGGGAUCAAGAGAAAAGCACUCGCGACAAGAGAGAUUUAGACCAUAUUUCGGUGUGCGUCCGCGCACCAAACCUGUCAAGCAGCCCGCACCAAAGCAGAGCAUGCUCAGGGAGCGUCACGCCGACUUGAGCUGCGCCUACGGCCCCGAAGUCAAAGUUCGCCGAUGGUUCCGUGACGGUGAACUCCUCUGGUGUGCAUUGGACCCCCGAUCGAGGGUCCCAGCGGCCCGGGCGGAGAAGAUUCCAUCUUUUUCUGGCCAGGAAUUAUGGGUGCUCUUGGCGGACCAUCUAAUGUACCAAACCCCAACUCAUCCAACGCCGACGAGGAACUCCUUGGUAUUUUCCCAUACCGUGUAUAUUUCAGAUCAAUGUGUUCUUCCAUACCAGUCAGUCGCCCCUUCAGAGGAGCUUAUACAAGCUAUCCAUGAGGUAUCUUAUGCGGACCUCGACCCAGACCCCGUACGCACUUCCACAUUCAACCCUUACGCCACCUCUCGGGAAAAAAUCCCCUUUGCAAAAGCAGCAGCUCCGUACGGCAUUGCGCUACAGAUCGGCGCAAAUAUCUCUGGGUAUUGGGCACCUACGGAUGACUGGGAAUUCAAAUUCACCCUCGAUCACCCCAACACCGGUCCGCCAAGAUCAGCCAGCAUACACCAAAGCCUCGAUUCAGUGAUGAACUUGAGUAUGGCCUAUAACGCUAACCUUGCAUCCAUGGUGGCGCCCUCUGGCUCCGGCUCUCACACGCCGAGUAUCUCUGCACCAAUGCCUCCGCUGGUACUGGGUCAGACGAUCGUGCAGACGCGCUACCAGGGCUUGUGGUGGGGCGCAGAGCGCAUUUGGACAGACGAGCUCGUUCGGCUCAAAUUCUCGCGAGGGCAGGUCGCUCCCAAAGGAAAUGACUGCAUCAAUGCGCCCGCUGGUCCAAGCAGGAAGGCGCGAGCGUACGCGGAAGCUACGAGCGGCCAAGUCGGCGGUGCCGAGGGGCGGGGCGUGUUCAUGCGCAUUGAAGGUUUGUUCGUCGCGGAUCCGCCGAGUGGCAGGGGAUCCAAAGUCUGCCAUGCAGUGGGGACGCUGUACGAACUCGUAGAUGAAGACUGGGAUGAAAACCUGGACAGUUUAGAGAUGGUGGUUGGGAAGGGUAAGGGUAAGGCGGCCGAAAAUGGCAAUGCAAGCUUUGAUGGGACACCUGCGAUGGAUGGUGUACCAGAUGAACUCUUAUUCAUGACUGGUCCAUCCCCACUGAGACCGCCGCCACUCGCAAACCCAGAUCCAGCGGUGCCCAUUGAAGGCACGACAACAGACGUUCUCUCACACAGUAAUAUGGCUGGCGCGCAGUCUGUCUCCGCCUCUUCCGCACCAAAACGUGAUGCGAAUAGCGCACUCUCGCAUCCAGUCCUGAGUUCCUUCGUAUUGCCUAAGGCGCCCGAUGGGUUCAAGUUCCGCCCCAUCAUGAAGCCAGGCACUGAGAUUGUCGUGGAUCUGACGUGGAUCGCGGGGCGGUACUACCCAGGCCUGCUCGAGCACCGGCUGCUUGACAGGCACGUCGAACGAGCGCUUGCCGCGGGCGGGACGCAGUUGUGGGCGCUUGAGGGUCUGACGGCAGGGUGCUAUAAUGCAAUGGACCCGACGAAAUGGAAGCCUACGCGCACGGCGAUGGUGCGGGAGGCGGAUAGUGGUGCGCGGGUGGCGCUAGAGGCGCACUGGAAGAACAAGGAGAAGGAGCGUCAGGAGGCGAAGCUACUGGAGGAUACGCAUUUGCCGCCGGUGGUGCUGUCGGGAAUGGAUGAUGGUGCAGGGGGAUCAGGAUCUAAUGGUGUUGGGGCUACUGCGCCGGGAUCAAGCGGUGAUGGGCAGGGUUAUUGGAAAGCCCUUGCGAAUGGGAUGCUGGAGGACAAUGCGAUGUCUGUUGAUUAGGCUAUCAUGGAAUGUACCAUACGUGGAGAGUCCGAAGUUACCCACAAUGAGUGCACCGCAUUGGAUUUCGUCAAGAGCAAGGGUUGUCGUUUAUUCAUCAUUGACCGACUGGCAAGCACCGCUUGGCGUUCCUUCCGAAAGCUAUGUUCGUAGUUGUAUGCUUGAGACCCUGACAAACCCCCUUUCACCGCAACUUCGCCGUGUCUUGACUCUGUACACACGCGCCCUCAGAUGACCGCAGCGCCAAUUUUCAUUUGUACAAUUACAG